ACAUCAUUAGACUUACAACCACAUUUGUUACUCAACUACCUUCUCACCCACGGAUUUUGUUCCCUUACUCCGCCUUUUUUUGUCCACAUUUUUCCCUUAUUAUUCUGGAGGACCAUUUUGAAAUAUGUUUGUAGCGGGAUUCAUGCGCUUGGUGAAAGGGGUUUUCUUCACUCAGGUUUCAGAUCUGGCGGGUUCGUUAUGUUUGUGGGGUGUGUGUAUGUGUGUGUGUGGUGGCCCUAUCAGAAAAGCAAAGUGCAGACGUCUUUUUUGUCUCUUGCAAGCGAGUUUCCCGAGAAAUCAAAACACGCAGAAGGAUUUUCGACGGGUAUCUGAUUUCAGUCCCGAGUCUCCACGUCCUCCUGUACUACGGCCUCGAAGGUUCGUUUCUUUUGCGCGCAAUCGAUACCACUGGGGAGAUUUUACUUUUUUCUUGUAUCUUGGUGUGGGAGAGAGAGGCACGGCGCGGCGCGGCAGAUGUCGGACAAAGGCCACAACCUGAUACUGCCAUGUGUCGAGUUUGGUUUCCCAUCAUGAAGAAAGCUUUUUGGAGAGUUCCUUUUCCUAUUCUCUUGGAUAAUCCUAAAGCUUAAAAAUAAACAUGCCGUUUCCAGGU